AUGCCACCCUCAAGAUCUGAGAGUUUAAAAACGCCGCAACUGGGCAGCGAUGACUUGGUUCCCUUUGAUCACGUUGCUGCAGGCCACGAUGGUGUCCGCUGCACUCUUUCCGGGUCCCUGAUCGCCAAACCUUGUGUCCAGCAGGAGGUCGAUUUCUACGAAUCCAGCGCUCUCCAUCCGGCCUUUCAGGAGUUUAUGCCCCUCUUCAUGGGCUCGCUCUCGUCUGCCGAUCAGCAACAACCGCUGGCGAUUGCUGCUGCCCAAGAAUCCGGCGCCAUCUUCCUACCUCCCGCUGGCGAUGCACCAACUGUUCCCAGCCGUCCCGCCGACUCCGCACACCCACUACGCGCCGCGUCGACGGAAGGGUCGUCCUCUUCAAGAACAGACCAGCCGUGGGUGCCUUCCGGUGGCAAGAAGCUAGAGACAGGCCUGUCCAUCGUGCUGGAGAAUGUCGCCGCGGGGUUCCAUCGACCAAACGUGCUGGACGUAAAGCUCGGGGCCCGGCUGUGGGCUGAUGAUGCGCCUCCUGCCAAGCGCAACAAGUUGGAUGCCGUGUCCAAAGAAACGACGAGCUCAAGCCUGGGAUACCGGAUAGCCGGGAUGAAGGUGUGGACCGGCUCAAAUGGCGAGACCGACGAGGGUACCCGGACCAAUCCAUACGCGACCAAGUAUGAAGGAGCGGAGGGCGCAAGAGGGGAAGUGAUCGAGAAGGAUGGCUAUCGACGAUACGAUAAAUGGUACGGACGGUCAUUCAGUGCCGAGAACGUCAAGCAGGGAUUUGAGACAUUUCUCGCUGGCGCCAAAGCAGGCUCCGUGGAUCGCUCGAAGCUAGUCGCGCGCCGACUCGCAGAAGAGUUGCACAACGUCCAACGUGUUCUCGAGACCGAGGAAUGUCGCAUGUACUCGUCGAGUGUCUUGGUAGUUUACGAAGGAGAUCCGGAGGCAAUGGCAGUUGCCCUGGAAGAAGAGAAAAAGAUACCCGAUCCCAGGAAUCAAGAAGCCGAGGACGAUGGCGAGGAAGAGGUCGAUUUUGAAUACACGGAAGAACCCCUCGAGCUAGUCGAUGUGCAGCUUCCAGGCGGAAUUCCCCAAAAAGCCAUCAAUAUCAGCUUCGACCCCCAGACAGCGCAGUUGCCAUUGGAAUUAGGCGAUGAUGAUGACGAAGAGGAGGCACCAAAAGUGCACGACCUCCGCAUCAUUGACUUUGCUCAUGCAAACUGGACUCCUGGUGAAGGGCCGGAUGAGAACGUGCUGAUGGGGAUUCGCAAUCUGAUCAAAAUAUUUGAGGAGCUGGCCGAGUGA